CAGCACUAAGUCUCUCAACAUGUAAUUUUUGCCAACACCGCAACAUUAUGGCAUCUGGAAAAGACACCGCUCGUGAACAUGAGCAGGAUCUCAGCACAAUCCUCUCUACCGAGGAAAGAGUCGAGUUGACUCUCCUCAUAGCAAAUAUCACGGAGCUUAUGCGCAAGCAGAUAGCAGACACGUUUGAUGCCUCUGUCACCAGUGCGAAGAAACCGCAACAGGCUCUACACAUCACAGACAAGAAUCCUAAUGUCGACGUAAAUAAAACACAUGAAGAGAGUGAAGAGGAAGAGAAGGCGCGGAAAUUAAGAGAGAAGCGCGAGAAAGAACUCUCUGCUCCUAAGAUGCUAGAGCUAAGGAAAGAUUCUCUCGAUUUCUUUGACAAAUGGCGAGAAUCUGUGAUAUCAAGAGUGGGCACUGCAGUCAACAAUUCAAAGGAGACGGUCCAGGAGCAGAAGGAGACCGCGUCGGUAGAUGCUACACCAAACAGUGCACCACCAGCAGAACCCAAAGUCAUACGGUCAAACACGAAUAUUGAAGAGGCGGAUGCUGCCUUAAUCGAGCUAUAUCCUCCAACAUCAACCGCCCUCUACUCCCUCCAAAAAGACAAACGGAUACUGUUGCUACACUCGAUGCUACUUCUCCUCCUGUCGCUAGAGCAUUACAUUGGCCAUUCACGAGUACUCCUGUUACAUAUCUCGUCUUCCCUGCAUCUGCCACUCCAUGUUCUCACCGAGCAAGAGAUCAAGGUAGCCCAAGGAUUGCUCGAAGCUGCGAAACAUAUGUCAGGUAGCGAGGAGACACAGAAACGUAGCGACGAGAACAAAGUUGCUAGGCGAUGGAAAGUUGGACUUGCGGGCGUCGCAGGUGCGACUGUGAUAGGAGUUACCGGGGGCCUGGCUGCUCCACUCGUCGCAGGUGCUAUUGGUACAAUCAUGGGAGGUUUAGGUUUGGGUGCUACAACCGCGGCUGGGCUACUGGGAGCUUUGGCAGAAAGUGGCGUCAUAGUCGGAAGCUUGUUUGGAGCUUAUGGUGGACGAAUGACUGGAAAGAUGAUGGAUGCCUAUGCGAAAGAAGUCGAGGAUUUCGGGUUCCUCCCUCUGAAGGGAUCGAAACACCGUGAACCACUUCCCGAAGAUAGACGAUUACGAGUCACAAUAGGAAUAAGCGGUUGGCUGACUCAGAAAGAGGACAUCAUCACCCCAUGGAGAGCGCUAGGUAAGGAGAGUGAGGUAUUCGCCUUGAGGUGGGAGUUGGAAGCUCUUACAAAGCUCGGAAGCUCCUUGGAAUCAGUGGUGAAAAGUGCUGCUUGGACAGUAGCAAAGAAGGAAAUCAUUGCACGGACCAUAUUUGCUAGUUUGAUGGAUGCUCUUUGGCCGAUAGCUUUGUUGAAAGUAUCAAAAGUGGUGGACAAUCCAUUCUCCGUUGCUAAGAAUCGGGCAGACAAGGCAGGCCUUGUUCUGGCCGACGCCCUGAUCAAUAAAGCACAAGGUGAACGGCCUGUGACUUUGAUUGGCUACAGUCUAGGCGCCAGACUGAUCUACUCAUGCCUGAUGAGUCUUGCUGAGCGUCGAGCCUUCGGUCUUGUUGAAUCUGUGGUUUUGAUGGGUACACCAGCUCCCUCGGAUGCCGCUGUAUGGCGAGCGAUGAGAAGUGUCGUAUCCGGCCGCCUGGUCAAUGUUUACUCCGAGAAUGACUAUAUUCUAGCAUUCCUGUAUCGCACCAGUGCUAUUCAAUUCGGCGUUGCAGGUCUGCAGGAAGCUCAGGAUGUCCCAGGUAUCGAGAACAUUGAUGUUUCUGAGAUGGUAUCUGGUCAUCUUCGCUAUCAAUACUUAGUCGGCUCGAUCUUGGAGAAGAUCGGUUUUGAAGACGUCGAUGUCGAAGAAGUGGCGAGGGAAGAGGAGACUUUAGCUCUUUUGGAAAAAGAGGAAGAAAAGGAGCAAGAGAAGAAACAAGGAGACAGUGUCGACCCAGAGAAGGAAGCGGCAGAGAUGGAGAAGGAUGUGAAGAAGCAAACAGACCAGACUUUGAUGCAAAGGGCUGCGGAAACCUUGCAUUUGGGAAAAUGAUUGUACGAAUAUACGAACACAAUGAUACCAAGAAUAGAGCAUACAAUGGAU